UACAUGCUGCCGCUAGGCGACAUCAUACGCAAAUACGGUGUUAGCUUUCAUUGUUAUGCUGAUGACACCCAACUCUACAUGCCCCUAAAGCUGACCAACACGCCGGAUUGUAGUCAGCUGGAGGCGUGUCUUAAUGAAAUUAAACAAUGGAUGUCCGCUAACUUCUUGCAACUCAACGCCAAGAAAACGGAAAUGCUGAUUAUCGGUCCUGCUAAACACCGACAUUUAUUUAAUAAUACCACCUUAACAUUUGACAACCAAACAAUUACACAAGGCGAAUCAGUAAAGAAUCUGGGUAUUAUCUUCGACCCAACUCUCUCGUUUGAGUCACACAUUAAGAGUGUUACUAAAACGGCCUUCUUUCAUCUCCGUAAUAUCGCUAAAAUUCGUUCUAUUUUAUCCACUAGCGACGCUGAGAUCAUUAUUCAUGCGUUCGUUACGUCUCGUCUCGACUAUUGUAACGUAUUAUUUUCGGGGCUCCCUAUGUCUAGCAUUAAAAAAUUACAGUUGGUACAAAAUGCGGCUGCUAGACUUUUGACAAGAACAAGAAAGUUUGAUCAUAUUACGCCUAUACUGGCUCACCUGCACUGGCUUCCUGUGCACUUAAGAUGUGACUUUAAGGUUUUACUACUUACGUAUAAAAUACUGCACGGUCUAGCUCCGUCCUAUCUUGUCGAUUGCAUUGUACCAUAUGUCCCGGCAAGAAAUCUGCGUUCAAAGAACUCCGGCUUAUUAGUGAUUCCCAGAGCCCAAAAAAAGUCUGCGGGCUAUAGAGCGUUUUCUAUUCGGGCUCCAGUACUAUGGAAUGCCCUCCCGGUAACAAUUAGAGAUGCUACCUCAGUAGAAGCAUUUAAGUCCCAUCUUAAAACUCAUUUGUAUACUCUAGCCUUUAAAUAGCCCCCCUGUUAGACCAGUUGAU